AUAUUAAGUUCAACAGCUGCCCUCUCUCAUUACACAAGUUUAAUAGGUUUUUCUACUGUUUUCCGAAAUGAAAAUAUUUCUUCUCUUAGUCGUAAUUGCUUACUCACAGGCUUUUCUCUUUGACGACCUGUUCGGGUCUCAAUGCAAGACAGACGCGGACUGCCGUUCUGGGUGCUGUGUGACAGACGUGUUCGGUGAUAAUACUUGCGUAGACAAGUAUCUCCAUUAUUUACAGGAAUGUCGUCUGGAUGGAAACGAGCGCCACAGCUGUGGAUGUGGAAACGGUCUUUAUUGUGAAACGUACGCAAACAUUCACGGCGCGGCCGUAGAAACGCAACACCUUGGCGUCUCUGGCUAUGGUUUGUGUGAGCACAAGACAACUAUGACUACUACAGCAUGAUCGACGUGUAAAUAAAACA